AUGAGAGGGAGAGGAAUCCACCGAAGACAGGCUCGUCCUGCAGCGUCAAUGACCUCCGAUCAGCAGCUCAACGGCAAUGACGACGAGGACGGCACCAACGAUCAGUUCUUUUCGGCUGCCGAAGAGCGCGACCGGCCCGACGCCGUUACCGACGACGCCGUGGCAGCUACAGAGACAGAUACCGAUUUCUCGGGCUCGGAGCAAGAUGAGGAGCUUUCAGAUGAUUCAAUGGACGAAGUCAUCUCUUUGGAGGCCCCUACGCUGCCAACGACGAAUUCGAUGAACUCGCUGGGGCCUGGAACGCCAAUGACGGCCGGCACGCUCCGCGGACGAAAAACCAACGGCUUGGCUACACCGGGUUCGGUCUUCUCCAACUUUACAUCUACUACUGCUCGUCCUGAUCGGUCGCGAGGGAGGCUGUUCAAGGUGCACGGCCUGAGGAAACAGAUACCUUCUGGCCUGUUGCAUCCCAAACCAUCUCCCGAAGACGAUGAAGAGGCGCGAAUCUACGUCGAUGUGGCGUCCCUCUCCAAGAUUGGGUGCUUCUCCGGCGACUGGGUCCGCAUUGAAGCCGCAGAGGAACCUCCCCUGAAUGGAUUUGGCGCAUUUGGACUGGGCAGCUUUAGCCACCCAGACUUUGAGGUGUCCAACUGGCGACCUGUUCGGGUGUAUGGCCUGCCAGAGGGCUACUCUCAGCGUCCUGUCACUCGUAUCAACAGUUCAAGGAAGGGUGACCGACGGACCUCCUUUUUCGAGUCGCAGGUCCAACGACCUUCCAGCCCGGCAGCUUAUGCCUCGCCAAUCUUGAUUGCAAACAUUGAUGGAGCCUCAUAUCUUCGUAUAUCGGCACUGAAGAAAUCUACGUAUCAGGGUAAGGGGACGCUGCCGAGGUUCGCAAGCGCCUCACAGCCUCCAUAUGCCAAAGACAUCGCCAUUCACCACAUAAGAACCCCAAUCUCCGCUGAAAGAGCGUAUCAAACCGCUGUGUUGGGCGGGCUAAAGCGCUAUUUUGCGCAUAAACUACGCCUUGUCCGACAGGGAGACUUGAUCGCCGUGCCAGUAGAUGCGCAGCUGGGCCGAGCUCUCCAAGAGGCUCCAGGUGCUGGCGGCUCCGAAGUUGACGACGUGGUGGCACUGACGGCACGAUCAACCGACUCUGGAGGAGAAGCUGCUUCACACCUUGACAGCGUUGCUUGGUUCAAAGUGGGCCACAUUCAGGUGCAAAAGUCAGACGAAGACGAGGACGGAGCUGAAUCUAUGUGGGGGACUGUCGCUUGCAUCGACAGCACAACCGUUGCCAUGCACGGCUCAGGAUUCGAGACAAGCCGGAUCCCCGGUAUCAAGGACAGCACCUGGCCUUACUAUCUCGGCCUGAAGAAGACGCCGCAACGGGGACCAGACGGUGGCCCUCCGCAACUGGCAGAUCGUGACCAACUGCAUGUUCCUCCUCUGAGACGCCAGUUGCGGGAGCUACUAGCCGCAGCGACAAGCCAGAGGGCCGUUCAUCUGAAGAUGCCUCCCGUUGUCAUCUUGCUCACCUCCUCGCAUCGCAACAUUGGAAAGACAACGAUGGCCAAGGACGCCUGCAGCGAUAUUGGCCUGCAUACAUUCACCAUUGACGCCUACGACAUCAUAAGCGAAGGAGGAGGCAGCGGAAGCGACGUCAAGACAGAAGGCUUCCUAAGAACGCGUGCGGAGCGAGCCAUCAGCUGCGGCCCAGACUGCUGUGCGCUCCUCAUCCAACACAUCGAGGCGCUGACGGCCGACAGAAUAGAGGCGUCUAUCAAGGAGAUACUUGAGGACGUUCGUGUGCUCAUUGCCACUACGAAUGAGGUCGACAAGGUACCUGACGGAGUCCGCGCCCUCUUCACCCACGAGCUCGAAAUGGGCGCCCCUGACGAAGCCGAGCGAGAGGCCAUCCUCAGGGCCGUCAUCGAAGAUCGCGGCGUGUCGCUCGAGCCGGCCAUUGACCUCAACGCCAUUGCUCUCAAGACAGCCGCCCUGGUGGCUGGCGACCUGCUCGACGUCGUGGAACGCGCCUCCGUGGCCAAGCGUUCCCGUCUCGAGGCGCUCUCUGCGAAAUCCAGCCACAGCAACUCAAUGGCAGUAACGGUGCGAGACGUCCAAGUUGCCGGCGGACCAUCUGCGCGCUGUCUCACCGCCGCCGACUUCGACGUCGCCGUCGAAGCGGCCCGCAAAAACUUCUCCGACUCCAUCGGCGCUCCCAAGAUCCCCAACGUCACAUGGGACGACGUCGGCGGCCUCAGCAACGUCAAGGACGCCAUCACAGAGACGAUCCAGCUGCCCCUCGAACGCCCCGAGCUCUUCGCCAAGGGCAUGAAGAAGCGCUCCGGCAUUCUCUUCUACGGGCCUCCCGGCACGGGAAAGACAUUACUCGCAAAGGCCAUUGCGACAGAGUACAGCCUCAACUUCUUCAGCGUCAAGGGCCCCGAGCUGCUCAACAUGUACAUUGGUGAGUCCGAAGCCAACGUGCGGCGCGUCUUCCAGCGCGCCCGCGACGCGCGCCCCUGCGUCGUCUUCUUCGACGAGCUGGAUUCCGUGGCGCCCAAGAGAGGAAACCAGGGAGACAGCGGUGGUGUCAUGGACCGUAUCGUGUCGCAGCUGCUGGCAGAGCUGGACGGCAUGUCGGGCGGGGAGGAUGCCGGAGGCGUGUUUGUCAUUGGAGCCACCAACAGGCCUGAUUUGCUGGACCCGGCGUUGCUGCGUCCUGGUCGAUUCGACAAGAUGCUGUAUCUUGGUGUUUCAGACACUCACGAGAAGCAGCAAACCAUUUUGGAAGCACUCACUCGAAAAUUCACCCUCCAUCCAUCCGUCUCCCUCGCCUCCGUCUCGCAGCGCCUGCCCUUCACCUACACGGGCGCCGACUUCUACGCCCUCUGCAGCGACGCCAUGCUCAAGGCCGUCACACGCCAGGCCGCCGCCGUGGACGCAAAAGUGCGCGCCCUCAACGCCGACCCGGCCACCAAGCACGAGGUCUCGACGGCGUACUUCUUCGACCACUACGCCACGCCCGCGGACAUUGCGGUCAUGGUCAUGGAGGAGGACUUUAUCGGCGCGCACGAGGAGCUGAUUCCCAGUGUCAGCGCGGGAGAGCUGGCGCAUUACGAGAAGGUCAGGGCGCUGUUUGAGGGAGGGGCUGAUAAGCAGAAGCAGCAGCAGCAGCAACAGCAGCAGCAGCUGGUGGUAGCAGAUCGCGGUAAGAGACCGGCCUCUUCGACGAGAUCGGGGAGUGCUGGCAGGUCAGCGUCUUCUAGCAAGGGCAAGGGCAAAGGAAAAGCCGUUGCAACGACGGAUGACGAGCUUGAGGCGGAUGAGGAGCGUGUCAACGGUAAAGGCAAGGGCAAAGCCGUGAUGGGAUUUCAAGACGGGACGGCGAGUGAUGACGAAGACUUGUAUGAGUGA